AUGAGAACCUCAUUUGCCGCACUUGCUCUCGCUCUUUCCGGCUCUGCCGUGGGUGCUCCGUUCUCUAGCGGCACUCACAUUGCAUCCAACUCUUCUGUCGCGUCGACUCCGGUUCAUUUGUCAACCGAUCGGCCUCUCCCCAGCAUUUUUAAUGCAUUCAGCACUGAGGCACCAUCGUCAUCUGCCACUCCGUCUUCUGGAUCUAGGCCUUUGACCUCGGCGCCUGUACCCAGUAGAAGUGGUGCGAAGCGCGGAGAGGCCAUCUCCAUCCCGACGGACCUCCCGUCCUUGGCUUCCGAUGCUCAAUCAGCGGCUGCAGCUCUCGCUUCUCUCGGUGCUGGCGCCCAGAAGCGUGGCGGAUCUCUCUCGAUUCCCACAGACCUUCCGUCUCUUCUAGCUGAUGCCCAAUCCAUCGGCAGCGCUAUCGCCUCUGCAGGUGCCCGGAAGCGCGGCGAGUCGCUCUCCAUCCCUACCGAUCUUCCCUCAUUGCUUUCUGAUGCUCAGUCGGCUGCGGCUGCGUUGGCCUCCGCUGGGGCUCAGAAGCGCGGCGAGUCUCUCUCAAUUCCUACAGACCUGCCGUCUCUUCUAGCAGAUGCCCAAUCUAUCGGCAGUGCUAUUGCCUCUGCGGGUGCCCAGAAACGCGCCGACGAGAGUCUUCCUCUCUUGACCCCCACUGCCACCCCCACUCCGACCGCUCCAUUUGGAACUGGCUUGCCUAAGCCUUUCGGCACUCAUUUCGCUUCGUCAUCUGUGGCUGCUUCCUCUUCUGGUGUUGCCUCUCCUCCCGGCUAUGCUUCUUCAUCCGGUAUUACGUCGUCAUCUGUCCGUCCUCUGGUCUGA